GGAAGGGAAAAAAAAUGGAGACUGUGAAGGAUUUAGCUUCUGAGAGUGCAGUAGUGAUCUUCAGCAAGAGCUCAUGUUGCAUGUGCCACACUAUAAAAAGACUUUUCUCUGACCUCGGUGUAAAAACCGUUGUUCAUGAGAUCGAUGAGGAGAUGGAUGGGAGGGAGAUAGAGAGGGCACUCAGCCGUCUCCUUGGGCGAAAUAGUAAUUCAUCGGUGCCUGCAGUUUUCAUUGGAGGUAGGCUUAUUGGGUCUACUGACAAGAUUAUGGCCCUUCAUUUAGGGGGUAGCCUUCUCCCCUUGCUCAGAGAUGCAGGUGCUAUCUGGCUCUAAUUAUGACAAAAACAUCAGAUAAUAUGAUGACGUUACUAUCGAAAUCAUAAUGAGCGGAUAAGGACUUGUAACAUAUGAGAGUUGCAAGCGUAUUGCAGAGAGUUAUACUAGAACUUGUGCUGCGAAUAAGAAAAUAAGGCUUUCAUCUUUCUUUCCUUUGUGUUUCUCUACUCUUAUGAUUUUCAGGAACUUAUAUAAUGAACUUGAUCAAUAAAUAUCCAAGUUGCGAAUU